AUGAGCUUGAGGUCCAUUCUCGGCGGCUCCAGCCGAGUUAGGAAGCCCAGCGCAAAGCGGUCGUCCCCAGCGAAGCGGCCGUCCGCAUCGCCUCGGAAGAGGUCGGUGGGCAAGGCCCAAAAUGGCAGCGAGGACGAAGACUACUUUGAUGAUGACAAACUCGACGACCUGGGGCUUGUCAGGGCACUCGCGACCGACCUAGGCCUCCGCGACUCGGCGCAGGCGAUCCAGUACCUACGCGCGCGCAUGUUCUCGCCCAUCCCGGAGCGGGGCGCCGGCAUGAACUCGACACGGAUCGCCGAGGUGCUGAAUUUCCGGAAGCACCUACCGCCCAUCGUGACGGUGUCGCAUAUACAGACCUUACUCUCUUCGCCGAGCGCCGUCGAGCGCGAGAUUGCAGAACUGGCGCGGACUGGGUUCAUCCGAAAGAUCGAGGUCUCACGGCGGGGCGAGAUUGGGGAGACUUUGAUUCUGACCAGCGACCUGGAGAGGCUGCUGGACGAGGCCGCGCAAUUAUCGGAGGAGACCAGGGCGCAUUUCAAGGCAUUUCUCAAGGAGCACCCCGCGGCGCAGAUAGUGCCUAGAACAGCCUUGUCGGCGACCGAGAUAGACGAGCUCUUCCGGGCGGGAUUCCUGACGGCUCAGCAUACGGCCAUCAGCGCUCUGUCGCAUACCAUGAAUCUGUACUCGCGCCCGGCGGACAAGACGACGCUCGUCUCCAUCGAGAACGUCUCGAGGCAACCCACGGGCUCGCUGGGGACGGUUGGUGGCGCCGGCGCCGUGCACAAUGCCGGCGGUAGCGGAGGCGGAGCCCAGGCAUCAUCGCUCCCGGCAAGCGUGACGGAGCUGAGGUUGGCUGUUCCUGGAAACGGCGCCUUCCUCAAGCUCGUGUCGGCGGCGCUGGAGCAUCUGGUCUCGCUCCUAAGCAAGACGCGGUUCCGGGAGGCGCCCGAGGGCCUGCUGCGAGAGCGGUGGGAUGGCGGGGUCUCCAAGGACGAAGCACGCUAUGCGGCGAAGAAGCUGAGGGGGGAGUUUGCCGGCAUCCUGCCUGGUCAGACGCGCAAGUGGAAGCAGUUUCGCGGCCUCUCGUUCGACUGGAUCCUGCAGGAGGCUGUCGGGUCCGGGCUGGUCGAGGUGUUUGAAACCGGGACUGUCGGCCGUGGUGUCCGAGUCAUUUGA